CCUUCUCCUUCCUCUCGAAUCCAAUUCCCACUGCCACCGCCACGGCAACAUGAACCGCCGCCCUCCUCUCCUCCUCUUCCUCUUCCUCCUCCUCCUCCUCCUGCACCUCAUCUUCCUCCCUCGCUCCGACUCCUCAGCCGCAUGCUCCACAAAGUGCGGCUCGCUCGACGUCCGCUACCCCUUCGGCACCGGCUUCGGCUGCGGCGCUCCCAACUUCUUCCCGGCCGUCACCUGCGACGGUGAUUCCGAUAGCAACCGACAGCUCACCCUCAACACCCACGUAGGCAAGUAUCCCAUCACCUCCAUUUCUUACUCCGCCUCCACCGUCACCGUCAUGCCGCCCCUGAUGUCCACCUGCGCCACCAUGCACCCGGCCGGCAGCCCCGCCUUCGGACUCGACUGGUCCGCCCCCUUCCAGAUCGCGCCCGCCGCCUCCGUCUUCGUCCUCCUCGCCUGCGCUUCCCCGCUGGCGGUCGGUCCGCCCUUGUGCGACCCCGCCGCAGGGCCGCGACUCUGCAGCUCCCUGCUGGCCUGCCCAGCCGUAGCCGCUAUCGGCCUCCCGCUCUACGCGCCCACUAACACUUGCUGCGUCUACUCGCCGGCCGGCCUCGGCCCCAAGGGCGAUCUCGACAUCCAGAGGCUGGGGUGCAGCAGCUACGCGUCGGUAAAGUCGACGGGGCCGUGGUCGCAGACGGACGCUAGCACGUGGGAGUACGGCGUAGUGCUGCAGUACGGAGAGGCAGGGACCUCUGUGGCGGAGGACGUCGUGACGGCGGAGGCGUGCUCGGCCUGCGAGGGGAGCGGCGGCGCCUGUGGGUACGCGCCGCCCAAGGACUACUUCGUCUGCGUCUGCGACAGCGGCCUCAACACCAGCACAGACUGCUACGGCCUCAGCGCCGACGAGCUCAAGAAUUUCUGGUCCACUUCGACGGCGACGGCGACGGCGACGAACCAUCCCACGUGGACCAUCACAUCUUCUCGUGGGAUUCUUCUUUGGAUGUUGAUGCUGUUGGGCGUAGAUGCUGUGUUAAAGAGAGGUAGCUAAAAACCUUUGAGGAAGUGUUGGAAACUUUUAUUUGCUUUGGGGCUUCACUUUUGCUUUGUAGGAGUUCUUUGUAAUCUUAAUCGAUGGCCCUUCAAUUGAGCCUUGAAUUUAGUCGUCGAAUU